AUGCCAGCAAGCUGCGCGAUUCCUCACGUCGCACGUAGAGUUCAAGCUCCGGAGCAAAGGCACCAGCUGUACAGGCCACACCAGGUCUCCGCGUGCCGUGGGCUGAAAGCCAACAGCGCCGAGGAGGCCAAAGGGCCGCCCCAAGGCAGAAUGCCCUGGGGCGGGCCCCCAGUAAAGGCCAAGAUGCAAGCUGAAAGCACGCAUCCUGGGCAUUCACUGGCACAGAACCAUCCGUUGAAUGGGUUCAUGCCAAAACUGGUGAAGAAGAGCUGGACAAAAACAGGAACUAAAGCUAUCUCCUGA